AUGCACUUCUCAAGCUUUACAAACUUUCUCGUCGCGACAUUGGCUGCCUGCAGCGUAGCCUCUCCUGUUGACCUGGGCAAACGUGGAGAAAUCACCGUUGGCUUCCGCCGUGCUGAUAAGACUCAAGCCGAAAAAUACAACAAAGAUGGCCUCUACUUUGACCACGGUCAUGUAAUGUGGGGUGCCCAGAUUGGUAAAGGAGUGUACACCUCUCCUUCCCGUGAUGAGUAUGAGGCGCUGGCUGCUCCUGAUGCCUGGUACUGCGUUAUCAAAGCAGACCAAGCAGCCUUCGACAAAAUCCCCAAAGUCUGGAUCCCCGAGAAGAACCAACACAACCAGAGAAUGUGGAACCAGAAAGAUGAGAAGCGAAUCGACGAAUACAUCGAAAGCCUUAACGAGAAGCCAUCGAGCUCUCUCCGUUUCUCGAUCAUGCCUCACGGUAGAGAUCGCAGCCGUCAGCAAAUGCUGAUUGUCCCGGAACUUGCUGAUAAGAAGCAUUUCACCAUCCACUGCUAUGAGAAGAAGGAGGAUGUUAAGGAGGGGCCUGUUAAUUACGAUAGCUGGCAUCCUAAGGGUGAGAAGGGGAACUAG